UACGAAUGCGCAGACGCACUGCGUAUGAAGGAUGCGAUCGCAAUUUCAUAAAAUUGUGGAAUAAAGUAAAAAGCUAGAAUUAUUUGGUUCAUUGUAAUGAUGAAUACAGUGCAGAUGUUGAAGUAGUAUGGCCUUGUCCAUUGGAAGAGACUCCUGUCUUCACUGUGGCAGACUUCUUUCUAACAGCCAGUCCCCCUCUCCACCCUUGAUAGAUUCAACAGAAUGGACGGAUAUAUUGUUGUCAGUGUUUUCAAAAGAGAAAACCUACCACAAUGCUGAGAAGGAAAGCUUCUGUGACAGGUGCACAUCCUCAAUUCUCCAAGUUCACAAGACUCAGGAGGAAUCAGUAAAUGCAAUAAACAAUUUGGCAGCCUUAGCGAAGACCCAGGAUGUGUCCUCAAAUCUCCUGUCACAGAAUGUUGUGUCAUCUGCUGCAGAGGAUCCUGAGCUUGACUGGUUCUUUGUGAGCUUUAAUAGCAAGGAAGGUUCACUCCUAUGGAAGGGCUCCGAUAAAGGCUUGAACUUCAUCAACAGUAACGACUCCAUUAGCCACUCCUUCUUCCAGUAUUGUACAGAUAUAGCCGCCAACCAGAUACAAGAAGAUGAUGAUCAACAAGAUGGAGAAGAAGAGGUACAACUGACAACAAGUGUUGCAAGUUCCCUUGAUGAAUCUUGUGAACAUUCAGAAGGAAAUCAAGACUUAAUGUGGAACUGCUGUGUCUGUAAUGCUAAUUAUAAAACUAAGAAACUGCUGCUGUAUCACAUCCAGAAAACCCACAGCCUCAAGGGAGAGGAGGCUCAAAAUGUGGCCAAAAGAAAAUUCACUUCAGACGACACGGAAGUCUUAAGGGCAAAAGUAAUGAAAACGGAGGACAGAGAUUACAAAGAGAGGAUUGAAAAUGAUGAACAAAAGCACUGGAAGUGUUUAGAAUGUGGAAAAAUUUACAUGUACAAAAGCAAUGUCAAAUACCAUUUGAAGAAAGAACACAAUAUCAGCAUGGCUGAGUCCUUGGAAUACAUAGCAGAGGCAACUUUUGAGGAAGUUACAAAAGCAUUAGAAAAGGAGAAAGAGGGUUUAAUGUACAAGUGUAAGAAGUGUGACAGACUGUACAGACUCAAGUCCUCUGUAGUAAGACACCUAAAGACUUACCACCAUGUAGGAAUGAAAAAUGUCCCCAAAUUUAUUGUAAUAAACAAUGUAGUCCCCCAAGAUGAUAUAGAGAGUCAUGAAGCUCCAAAUUUAGACCAGACACCUAUGAUUUCUGAAGUCAGGAAUAAUCUUACAGCAGAAUCAGAGAAAGUGAAAGCAUGGACAUGCAAAAUUUGUCAAGUUUCAUUUCAAGAUCAGAAAUUAAUUGAGGAGCAUAUGUCUCAAGUCCAUGAAAUGAGGGUCAGCAAAUCCAGAGCUUAUAUGGAGAUUCCAAAGUCUGAUGAUGAUGAUGAAGGUGAAGGUGAUGAAAGUGAUGAAUUAGGACCACCAAAUAUAUUCCAAUGCACAAAUACAGAUAAAGACUAUCAAGUGUGGGGUUUCAGCUCUCUCAGAACAAGAGUUAAGCAAUGGGGUUGUCAAAAAUGUGGAGGUCAAUUUUGUCACAAAAGAGAUGCUCUUAGACAUCUUCGUAUUAGGCAUUAUUUGUCAGGAGAAAAGCGUUAUAUAUAUUUGAAGAAACUUGAUACUGUUGACAGUAUGCCUGAGUUGGAGAAGGAACCCUCAGCACCCAAAAAUGUUAAGAAUUGGCAGUGCACAAAGUGUCGCAACAAGUAUGUGUACAAAGGAGAUGCUGCUCGCCAUAUACAGCUUCACCAUGGAAUUGAUCAUAACAGAGAAGACUUCAUCAUGUACACUGGCUCACAAGAUAAACAGGAUAUAGGAAUAGAUAAGAAUGACAAACAGGAAACAGGAAUGGAUAAGAAUGACAUCAUCAUCAUAGAAUCCAAUGAAGAGGACCUGUCCCCUGAGGCAGACGACACUGUAACUGAAGCAAUUGGAGAGAAAUUCAAAUGGGGAUGUCAAAGGUGCAAAAAGGUCUUCCUGAGAAAAAACAAGCUGGUAGAACAUAUGAGGAACUAUCAUAAUUUAACUUUAACAGAGUCAGGGGAGGAAGGAAAAAAUAUUUUAAUUCAGAGUCCACUUGGAGAGGGAAUAAAAUGGAAAAAGGAUGUUGAUGAAGAACCUGAGGUUCAGGUAGAGGUUGAAAGCACCAAGGGGAAACCUCAAAAGGAAUGGUUCUGCAAAUUGUGUCACAAAAGCUAUUUUCGUCAUUCAGAUGGAGCUAGGCAUUGCAGGAAUGCGCAUAAUGUAACUUAUGAUGAGGGAAAGCUUAUGGUUAUACAUGUUUCAGAAAUGUCUGGAGAUGAAAUGAAUAAUUCAGAGGAAAAAGUAAAUAGAGGGGAAGAGGAAAAUAAAAAGGAACAACCCUGGAAAUGUAUAAAAUGCAACAAGCAGUUUCAAAACAAGUCAGAUGUUCAGCGGCAUCUGACAGAUGAUCAUUUCAUCACUGAUCAGGAUCAUGAGUUUUUCAUUGAGAGGAAUAAGAACUAUACCAGAAAAUGGAAGUGCUGUAAAUGUGGACAAAGAUUUUUUCAUCGUUUUGAGGCCUCCAGACAUGUUAACUUGACACAUGAUAUUGAGUGGGGGAAGACAAAAGACUAUGUCCAGUUUCUUGAUGAAGAUGGUUCAAGCUUUGAAGAAGUACAGAAUAAAGAUGGUUCAAAACCAUAUGUAUGUAUGAUUUGUCAGAAACUUUUUGGUGCAAAGAAACCCUUAAUGAGUCAUCUGCAGAAAUUUCACAAAGCUAAGAUUAAUGCUGAUAAUUUCGGAGAGCAUGUGCUAAGUUUUCACAAAAUGCAUGCAAGAAACUGGGAUUGUGUAUCAGAGGAUACUGAAAGUAGAGAACAUACUGUUCCUUUGUCACUUUUAGGUUCCUACUUAAUGGAAGAAAGCAAAGAAGCUGGAGAAGAUGGUUCAAUUGAUGUGAAUGGCAUCAACAUUAAGAUAUUAUGUGAAGAAGGCUCUUUUACAGAGGAUAACUGGGCAAAGAUUAUUGGAACCAGUUAUGAUAGCACCUGUAACAAAUCCACUUCAUACCGACCAAAGAAUGACGUGGAAAACAAGCGGUUUAGUUGCAUGAUUUGUAACCUUAAAUACUACAAAAUGAAGGAAGCUCAGAGACAUCUGUAUUUGAAGCAUAAGAUAUCCUAUAUAGAAGCUGUUAAUUAUAUUAUUGAAAACAAAGAUGUGGUUUUUAAUCAGGAUGCUGAAGGUCUUGGUGAAAGAACCCCCAAACGUCGAAAAAUAGGGGAAGGCAAGAGCGGAGUUUUCUUCUGUACACAGUGUAUGAAGUCUGCCAUCCAUUUUCAGUCCAGUCAGCUUCAUAUUGUGAAAUACCACAAGGAAAAGAAGGAAAAUAUCCACAAAAAGAUUUGCAGAUCCCAAAAUGUUGAAGUGUUGAAACUAGGAAAUGAAGAUAAAAUGAACUUUGUCUGUAUGCUCUGCUUUGUAACAUUUAGGAGCAGAAUUGAUGGUUUUAAACACAUUGCUAAAGAACACUCAGUAGUGCCUGAAGAUGAAAUAUCUGAGUUCUUGUUCACAAAGGAAGACAAGAUGAAAACCUGUAUAGUUAAGUUUGAAAAAUUGAGUGGCCUCAUCAAAAUCUUCAGUGUUACAACAGAAGACAUCUUGAAUGAUGUGAAAUUUUCAGAGGAGAACAAUAAAGAAGAUGGAUCAGAUUCGGAAGAUGACAAAAAAGUCAAGAUUGAAAAAGAUGAUGGAAAAGAAGUUCAUAUGGAAUAUGAGAAUGUUGAAGAUUCUCUAGCAAUCCUUUUAAUGAAUAUGAGCAACCCAGAGAAUUUUCAGAAAUUUGCAUACAAUGAGUUUUAUUACAUAUUCUCAAUACCUGCUAAAUCACAAAAGAAUGUAGCUUUAAGUGAAGUUAACCACAUUCCAUGUCCAAACUGCCCCAGAGAAUUUAUUGAUCACCAUGCUCUCCAUAGACACUUGCUAUCCUGUUGUGUACCAAGACAAAAUGCUUGGGAAUGUCUAAAUUGCAGAAAAAGUUUUAAAUCUGUUGGAGUUUUAGUGAAACAUAUUCAGAAGAUGUAUGGAAUUCAGGGUUCUAAUGUGUUGAAUUUCAUGAGAUCAAGAGAAAUCCUUAUUGCUCCAGAAAAUGGUGUGGAAAUUUCAGUGGAUGGCCGGAAUGACCAAGGCAUUCGUUCUCUUUACCAUUCAAUGUCAAGUCAAGAAAAUAUGGCAGAAGAAGAUGAAGUGGAUGAUGAAUUUGAAGUAAGCCUUGAUGAGGGGGACUCCAGAAAGCUGUGUUUUGUUUGUGGACAUCAGUGCCCAGACAGGAAGAGAUUGUUUAAGCAUUGUGAGGAGGUCCAUUUCAUCACAGGCCACAAUAACCGCUUCACAGAAUGCAUGCAGUGUGUGUCUUACUUCAAAUCAAGAAAAGGAAUCAUGGAUCAUCUUCAAAAGGUUCAUGGGGUAAAGUGUUCAAGUCUUCAUGAGAAAAAUCACAUCUGUGUCAUCUGUGAAGAGAAGUUUAGUGACAAUGUUCAACUUGCUAAACACGUCAAGACGCAUGGGAUCCAGUUUACUUGCAAGCACUGUAGCAAGAAGUUUGAUAGUUAUUCAAAAAUGGCAGCUCAUUUGAAAAUACACUCCGAAAAAUUCACAAAGAAGCCUAUGAACUGCAUCAUUUGUACUUUAUCUGUACCAGAAGAAUCCUAUAUUGGACAUCUGAUCGUUCACUAUGAUAGAAAAUAUGGGCCUUGGAAAUGUCGUGUGUGUGAGAAAGACUUUUAUCUGAGAAAAAAUCUUAAAGAACACCUUAAAGGAGAGCAUAAGAUUUUUAUUUGUGAGAAAUGUGGCAGAACCUUCAAUUGCAUGUACUCAUUCAGAAAACAUGAGUCAGUGCACAAAAACCAAAUCAAGUGCACCUUGUGUAGCAAACAGUUUGCAAAUAAAAUAGAACUUGCUAUCCACAGGAGGGUUCACAUCAAGUAUUGGAUUUGUCACAUCUGUGGAAGGAAUCUUCCCAGUCAAACAUCACUGAAUAGCCACUUAAAAGCCCACAGGGAGAAAAGGAUAGUGACCUCAGCUCAAAAGUCCGAAAAGUUCUGUCAGAUCUGCAACAGAUCUUUCAGCAACCAUGAGAUGUAUCAGAAGCACAAGACCAUUCACAAAGGUGAUAGACUUCACAGUUGUCAAUACUGUGGAAAGAAGUAUUCCUACAUUGGUUCCUUGAAACUUCACUAUCGCAACUGCCAUCCUGAGCACAAGCCCUAUAGAUGUGUAGUCUGUGGAAAAACCUUUUCCACUUUCCACCAGAGAGUUCUCCACAUGAGAGAACAUAAAGAUUACAAAGAUCCCAUUAGACCCUUCAAAUGCUCUUUCUGUUCAGGAAGAUUCAAACAUAAAAUGAGCCUACAGCGUCAUGAAAGACUAAAGCAUUUCAAUGAAUCACUGAAUGGCUUCAGAUGUGACAAAUGUGACAGAGAGUUUGAAAAUGGACAGAACUUGCUAAGACAUGCAAUGUUUUGUGAGCCAACUCAGCAUCCUCUACAAGCAACUGGAGCAGGUUCCAGUGUCAUAGUGGAGAAUGAAAGUGCAGAGCUAGAGGUGGUGGCAGAGGAGACAAUAGCAGGCACCUCCAGUGUACAAUACUCAGUGGAACCUCAGUCUAUGCAGGUCCACACUAUUAACAUUGGGUCUGAGGUGCUGUCUGUAGCCUGCAGUGACCAGGAGGAACUGAUCCUUGAGGUACCAGAAGGGAUGCUUGUGGAAACAGACAUUGGGUACCAAAUCAUCGUGUCAAAGGGAAAUUAAACAUUAAGCUUACAUUACUGUUUGUAUGGAUAUGCAAGUAUAAUCAAAUUAGCACUCAAUAAACUCCCUUCUUAUUUUAAGCUCUAAUGCACAGGUUACGUGAGCUUUUGAUUUUUUCUCACAAAUGUCUUUCCAUCUAGCUGCCUGCUUGCAUUGUUUGAUUCCUCCUCUAGUAUUGCUAGACCAGUUCAAACCAAAUUUUCUACUGUGAAUGGAUUGAUAGAGGGGAUUCACUUGAAAAUAUAAUGAUUCCUAUACUUUAUUUGAAUUAAAACUUGACUUCCAUGAUAAGGAAUGGAUUGGAAAAUUCUUAUAAAAACUUUUUGUCAAAAAAAAAACGGAGUUACAUUUUUCAAGAUUAAUAUUCAAAUAUAUUCAUGCAGCGUUGACUUUGGUUCAAAAUUUGGCCGUAGAGUAAGGACUGGUCCAAAAUUAGAGCCACUGUAAUACUGAAAAUCUAAAAUGAACAAGGGAGGCUUUGUUUAAUUAACCAAUUAAUUAAUCAAUACAUAGCAUUUUUAUGUUGUAUUUUUUCCACUAGUUAGAUAUUGUUUCCGGUGAGCAGAGUGGCCAAAGGA